CAGGGCAGUAUGAAACACCACACUGCCGCCCAUUUCGCACUCUCAUUCCUCAAAAAAGCUCCCAGCAUAUAGCUCGAUACUAAAUGAAGGUUCACAUUUUCUGUAUCCUGGCAUACUAUCGAAACUCUCUAAUCGGUUUAAAUUUUUUCUGUGGUGACCUUGGCUCUUCAGUAAGAUUUUCAAGGAAGAGACCAUGAAUGUGGAUCAGAAGAAUGGGAAAUGUUGUGCGAAGUACUGUGGCCUUCAUCCCUUCAGAGCAAUGUCAACGAUUUUUAGUAGGGGACUUGAAAGAGAUGCCCCUUGAUCGUACACUUGACCUGAGCAGCCGUCAGUUACGUCGCCUUCCCAUCAGAGCUUCUGCCUUCAAUGAGCUAGUCAAACUCUACCUGAGUGACAACCACCUGAGCAAUUUACCACCAGAGCUGCAAAACCUGCAAAAGCUACAGCUCCUCGCCCUGGACUUCAACUGUUUUGAGGAGCUGCCUCUGGUAGUCUGCAGCCUCAUACAGCUUAACAUCCUCUACCUCGGCAAUAACCGACUUUAUGGGCUGCCCAAGGAGCUAUGCCAACUCACUGAGCUUAAAACAUUGUGGCUAGAGACCAACUGCUUCACCACAUUCCCUCAAAUAAUAUGUGAGCUUCCCAAUAUCAAGACCCUCCAUUUGGGCUACAAUCAGCUACAUAGCUUACCCGCAGAGCUCGGUCGACUUGAGGAGCUACGUAGCAUCUGGCUAGCAGGGAACAUGUUAAACGAGUUCCCUUCUGUGCUACUGAAGAUGCAUUACUUGGAAGUGAUUGAUGUGGACCGAAAUCGUAUUUGCCAUUUUCCGUCGCUCACCCAUUUAAGAGGGCUAAAGCUUGUAAUCUAUGACCACAAUCCUUGUGUUAAUACACCCUUGGUGGGUGAGGGCGUACGAAGGGUAGGCCGCUGGGCAGAUAGCUCUGACAAUGAAGAAGAUGAGACUGAAGGAAAGGUGGCCAAAGUAGGCAUGAAAAUGCAGAGGUUGCCAGAAGAAAAUGAGUGAAGAAAGCAACAAUACAAAAGGCACUGCCUUUAAACCCUCCAAAAAUUGGCCCCAUUUGCUUCCAUUGGAAGUGCCUCACCAUAAACUUGAUUUGUGCUUCUUUUUAAAUUAAAUAAAACGAUGGACAAGUCUAAGUUAUUUUUUGUGGUAAUCAACAUAAUGGCAAAAAUGCUGAUGAUUAAGAUUAACUUUUAUUGAACCUGGAAUAUUCUUUAGUGCUAUCUCUGUGAGGAACCAAAGCUUCGACAACUUUGAUGCUUGAGCUCAACAUGACACUGACUGAACUGAGGGGUUUCCAAAUAUGGAGUUUUUGAUACAGCAGAGGAGGACUGGUCAAUUAAUUAAUAUGAUAUUUGUGAAAAUCUUGAAAAUGAAGUGAUAAUUAUUUCUCUCAAACAUAGUGUAUUUUAUAGUUGAUUUCUGAUGUAGAUUAAAGAUGAUUUAUGUAAAUCAAUAGGAAAAGAGAUGUUUAUACAGAAGACAAUUCAUAUGUGGUUUGUGACACAUGCGUAUAUGUUUAUUAAAAGGAACUAAUAAACUUUGAUAACUUAUUGUUUUUUUAUAUAAUUAUUUGUUGGUGCUUCAAUCCUUCGUCAAUUAAUUUUAGUUUGACAAUGUAUCUAAAGAUAACUGCUGCUUUUCAUUAAAUCUGUUCAGUGAGGUUGGCCAUGUCAAUGAUAAAUGGUUAAAUUCUAACAAUAUACCCCUGCUCAUUAAUAAUGCAGGUUUCCUGUAACAGGUUCAGGUCUCCAUUUUGAUGUAAGACUCUUAAUAGGUUUUAAUCAUUCUAUAAAUCUCCUGCUCUGUAAUAAAGAAACAGGUCACCGUUUUUUGGCUUCAGAGAUUAAACAUACAGCUGAUAUGUCACUGUUCUGAU